GCCCGCGCCAGGCCCGCGCCCGUCAUGGCGGCCUCCCGGGUCGCGCUGUCCCUGCUGCCCCGCGCGGGCGCCCCGCUCGGCCGGCGCCGGCCCGCCCUCCUCCACGCGGCCGCCGCCCGCCCCACGCGGCCGAGCUGCAGGGCGCUGGCAGGCGCCCCGGCCCCCGCGGCCAGCGAGCCCCGAGACGGCGAUCUCCAGCGCAAGCUCCUGGAGGAGCCCCUGCUCCACUCCGACUUCUUCCGCGUCAAGGAGCUGUUUUCCGUGAAGAGCCUCUUCGAUGCCCGGGUGCACCUGGGGCACAAAUCUGGCUGCCGGCACAGGUUUAUGGAGCCGUACAUCUUCGGGAGCCGCCUGGACCAGGACAUCAUCGACCUGGAGCAGACGGCCGCCCACCUCCAGGCGGCCUUGAACUUCACGGCCCACGUGGCCUACCGCAAGGGCAUCAUCCUGUUCGUGAGCCGGAACCGGCAGUUCACGCACCUGAUCGAGAGCACGGCCCGGGGCUGCGGCGAGUACGCCCACGCCCGCUACUUCAAGGGCGGCUUGCUGACCAACGCCCCGCUCCUCUUCGGGCCCGCGGUCCGCCUGCCCGACCUCAUCAUCUUCCUGCACACGCUCAACAACAUCUUCGAGCCCCACGCGGCCGUCCGGGACGCGGCCAAGAUGAACAUCCCCACCGUGGGCGUCGUGGACACCAACUGCAACCCGUGCCUCAUCACCUACCCGGUCCCCGGGAACGACGACUCCCCCCCGGCCGUGCACCUCUUCUGCCGGCUCUUCCAGACCGCCAUCCGGCGGGCCAAGGACAAGCGGGGGCAGAUGGAGGCCCUGUACCGCCUGCAGGGCCUGAGGGCGACGGAGGGCGGGGCGGGCGUCCCCCGCUCCCCGUGACGGGCCUGUCCCGGGCCGGGGUCCCCCGCCUCCCCCUGGCCCCGAGGGAGGGAGUUCCUGGCGUGAGGCACCUGGAUGCCCGUCGUGGUGAUGGCACUGGUGUCAUUCACGGGGUGGCUGGGCAGCCCCGCGCUGCCCGCUGUAGCUACGGACUUGAACCCGGCACCUUCUAUAGGAACAAGCGAUUCUCCUCGAGAAAAGCCCCCGCUCCUGCCGUGACACCGGACCUCUGUCAGGGGCGCCGCUCGGUUUCCCUUCUUGCGCUAAGGGGUGCUUCCCGGACGGCCCGGUUGCAGUCCUGUGCAGCGUGUUGCCCUGCACACACCAUUGGGAGGUGCCCGGCCGGGUGGGCAUUGGGGAACUCCAGCAGAAAUAAAACUUG